UGACAAUUCAGGGUUAAGCAAUUAUUUAUUUAUUUGUCAACAGAACAGAUAACCUGAGUGGGUCCGGUGGUAUGGUCGUUGGUCGUUUUCCAUUUAAUUCGCUUGGAUAUUGCCAAUAGUGUAGCGUGUUUUUUAAUUGGUGACUUGAGUUUUAAAAUUGUAGAAUUAUUUCCCACUUCUGAAGUUUUCACACGCAGUAAGGACUAGGGAUGAAUGGAAAGAAAAAAUCCGGGUACCCGGCGUCCAGCUUCCAGUGAAGAUUUCAGUGUAGUGGGAAAUCAACUUGCCUCUGCAAAGAAUAGAAGAAAAGCGAAACCGGCACCCUCGCCGGUAUUAGUGUGCUUUGAGAAUUACUAAUGAAAGUAGGUAUUCUAGAUUGCCGGUGCACCUCUGAAUUGCAACACCAUGGAUGAAACCCAAGCACCGAAUAGUUCCUCAACUGAAUACAGCGAAAAAGAAAUUUGUGAUCUCCUGCGCCAUUUUUCUCAUAAUACAUAUUCAGCAGUCAGUCCAAUUUGUGAGCCCCGUCAAUACAUGAAUGAUGUGAUAAAGCUACUGGAAAAAGACUAUAUUCUGGCAAAAAUUGAUAACGGAAAUGGCCAUCUUUGUCCGCAGUAUCCAUCAACUAUUCCAGUUAUGGAAUCUGUCCGUUCCGUAACUACUAUAUAUGAAAACGAAGAGGAAGUUGAAACCGCCACAUUGGACAUAAAGAAAGUUGAAGAUUUAAUUGGAGCUGCAAAUUUGGGCCGAUCCAGACAAAGGUUUCCUGCUCCUGUGAUUUUAUUUAAUGGAAAAUUUAUAUGUCGCUCCUCAACUUUGGCUUGUGCACCAGAAAUUUGCUACCGUUCCGGUCUAAUAAAUGUACCUGGCUAUGAGCUAUUAAAAUCGGUGAAGGAAUUUUGGUGGCCAUGCGAAGGAUUGGGGCCUCUUCCCGAAGUUCAUGAGGAGGAACCUGAAGGACCUGCACCCUAUGACAAUGAUGUCAGGACUCGAACCAUCUGUGAAAAUGUUCGUAAUUUAGAUGUACAGCUGAUGAAAAUUUUUAAUGUAGGUACUGUUGUGGACAUAAUGGUCGAGAAGAGAAAAGUUAAGCAUACCGUUUAUGUUUGUACCUCUGAAAAAGUUGAACCCCGCUAUUCAAGUUUCAAACUAAUAGGUCUACCCUAUCCUGGCUGUGAAUUUUUUAAAGAUUAUUAUGAUGCUAUGUACAAUGCUGAAGGCUUGAAAUUUAAAUGGGAUCAUCCGGCAAAUGAUGCACCACUGUCAGUUCCUAAUGACAAUGUUACCGAGAAGUUCCAGGUAGCCUGGCAAAAAUACAAAGAAUGGGACCUUGUACUACUGACCCAAAACUAUAUCAAAUAUAUUUUGAGACGCUUGCAGGAAGACAAUUAUGGGAUAUUGUUACAUUGCAUUAGCGGGUGGGAUAGAACACCUCUUUUCAUCUCAUUAUUACGUUUAAGUCUAUGGGCUGAUUAUUUGAUCCAUCCAAGUCUCAAUGAGUAUGAGAUUUUAUAUUUGACUUUAAGUUAUGAUUGGUACCUCUUUGGUCAUCAUCUUUCUAACAGACUUUUCAAACAUGAAGAGAUUUUAGCUUUUUGCUUUGACUUUCUCCGCUAUAUGGUCGGAGAAGAAUUUUCAGCUAAAACUACGAAAAAGAAGUAUAGUGAUGAGUCAUCAUCGUUCAAGACUGAUGACUCAAACAGUCCAACCAGAUCGCAGUCCAGUGGAAGUUCUGAUGAUAAUCCUAACAAAAACAAGAAAAAACAACAUUUUCCCGACUUCCCUCUAGUUGAGGUUUCUGAAAACUCCAAUGACUCUUCCACUACAGUUCCUAUGGAUACUGUUUCUGAAGAUAGCAUCUGUGUUCCUUUUGAAGAUGCAUUGGAUUGCAUGGAUACAGGCGAUAAUAGCAGUAGUAGCAAACUACAAUCUCCAAAUCAGGCCUUUAGACGGACUUCACCAAUAUUGGUAGGAUCAAGGCGCCAACGCAGUGAAAGUUCUGGAAGCUCGAGCAGCAACCUCAGCUCAAAUUGGCAAAUGAUCAGUGAAAGCGGCAGCGUGGAAAGAGAUCAUCAUUUCAAGCCUCAGAGACUACAAAGGUUGGAAAAAGUACGUUCCAUCUUCAACACUUGCUACCAAAAAACUGUUAAAAACGAAAGCUUUGGUCCUCCAAAAAAAUGGAUGAUUGAAGAAAUUGUGGGCACUUUGUCCCAAUGGUUGCAACUCUUACCAGAAUCUGAACGUUAUAAUGUUGGUAAUAACGGUAACAUCGAACAGCCUCAUCUUGUGGAACCCAACGGUAAUGGAGCUAAUAUAGGUGCUGCACAAGGAGCAAAAACUGAUGGCGACGGAAAAAUGAGAGAUCCAAAUGCUGAUGAUGAGGUUAUAAAUAGCGAGUCAAGCUUCAUUUUUGUGGAACCAUAAAUUUCCAGUUAUUUCAUUUAGUAUUAUUAUAAUUUGUUAUUUUGUUUAAUUUUUGACUGAAUAGUUUUUAUUUUGACUGAAGUGAAGCAGUUAUUUUAAACUGACCACCAAACUUUUCUCAUUGUAAGCUAUUUUAUGAAUGAUGUUUUUCAUACUUACUUAAUUUAAUUCUGGUCUAAAUUAAUUAGGUACAGUGGAGUUUGGAUAUAGCAGACACGUUUAAAGUGAACACUCAGUUAUAACGAACGCUUCUCCAAAUUCCCAUAGAAAUUUCCCAUUAGAUAAAUGAUGCAAUAUUUUACCGUUUAUACACUGGCUAGCAAAAUUAACGCACCACUAGCUUAUUUCCAUAGAUUGGAAUUGAAAAUAUGGAUUGGCUAGCAAACAGUUCUGAUCCUAAUCCGACUGAGGAUGUCUAGGACAUGAUCUAUCACUGUUUUCAAGAACUUCCUAACCCUUCUAACACUUUGAAUGGGCUUUGAAGAUAUUGUCCAAAUAUGGAAUAAUUUGGAUUGAAACCAGAUAAAGCCCGUUAUUUUAACAUGGAUAAUCGCUGCCGUGCUAUUAUUCAAAAUAGAGGAGGAAAUACCGCUAAUUAAUUAUUUUUAACUAAAGUUUUAAAAAAAUUAUUUUUGAAUAUUUCUUGUUAUUUUUUUUGUAACCUUCUUUUGGAAUUUUAUCUUUUGUUAAUACCCUUAUUAGGUUGGAAUAAGAACAUAAUUAAGACAUAAAAAUAUUUGAUCAAUAUUAUGAAAUAAAAAAUAUUUUUCAAAAUAUAGUAGUGGUGCCGAGAGUGGUGCGUUAAUUUUGCUGGCCAGUGUAGUAAACCUUACAUGGACAUUGGUCCACUAUAAUUGCAUAAAUAUUGUUUAUGCACUUUUCGAAUUCAUCCAGACUUCACUGUAUUAUGUAUUAUAAUGAAAUUUCUGCACUAUUGAUUAGAACUCUGUUGUUCAUUAUUUUCUGGUAAAUGAAUACUCGUCAACCAACCCCUGCUCACAGAUUAAGUUCAUUUAUACAAUUGUGUGCGUUCACAAAAAUCAAAUAAUGAAAAUUUAAAAUUAACAUUUUUCUAGAUUUCCUCUAUUAUUUGGUGGUCAGUCUUUAGAGUUAAGUAGGUUGCGUAUUACCUUCAAAAAUUGCCAUUUAAAUAUUGACUAGUUACCACAAAUUGUAGGUAGCGUUUAGGUAAUGUGUAACUGAAUGAUUUUGCCAAAUAUUUUAGAUGUAGUAUUUAAUUGUUCUUAUGUUUUUUUUUUAGAAUAUAUUUUUGUUUUGUUUACAUUACAAGUUUUCUAUAACAGAGUUUUUAAAUUCAAUUGAUGUGGUUAUAUAGCUUGAAGAAAAAAAUCAUUGUGCCGAUGGCUUUCAUUAACCUAUAGUACAAACUAUUCAGCAAUAUAUUCUGGUUAAAUUUAUUUUUCACAGAGGUAACAUAUUAAAGACUUGCUGCGUGCAACAAGUUUCUUCAUUAUGUUCUCAUUUAGAUUUCUUCAAAGAUCUUACAUCCACUCUUGGUUUUUUUAAAAACUCAUAAUAGACACUUGUAAUAUAAUUUAAUUGUUUGUAUUGUUAUUUUUGCAUUUAAAUUGUAUAAAUUAAUAAUUUAUUUUUGAUAUGAGCAAAGAAAGUUGACACCUUCUUGCCUAUUGUUACUAAAGCUCAGAUUCUAAAUAAAAUUGUUACUGAACUUUCAAAAAUGGGUUUUAUUCACGACCAUAACUUUUUAAAGCUUAAGUCGUUUUUACCGCUCCCUUCGCAGUAGACCGAAA